AGAAUUAAAAAUUUAGAGGAGAGAAUAAUGGGGAAAGGAUUCGUAGCAAGCGUUCUUGGGCAAACUGCUAACGCAUUCACUGGCCAGAUCAAGUCAUUCGACAUGUAUCCAAAGACGAUUUCAUUUACUUUCAAUGGAGAAGAAGAGUUCAAGACACUGAUUGGAGGGACUGUAUCUUUAGUCAUCAAAGUAGUUAUCAUCAUGUACUCCUAUUUGAUGCUUCGGAUUAUGAUUGACAGAAAAGACACUCAGAAGAGUGUAAACACCAUUGUGACAGAUAUUCUGAACGACAACAAUCCUGUGUUCAUAAAUGUGUCUGACUUCCAGUUCGCAGUCCAGAUUAGCGUGGAAGGAGAUAGUGAAUUUGACAUUAGAAAUAAUGAAUAUGCAGCGAUAGAAUUAUUCCAGUGGACCAAGAAUACAACAACUGGCGAACUUCAAUCAACCGAGAUAAAGAUGGAAGAAUGUGGAGAUAGCUUGUUCAAGUAUCACAACCAAACAGAAGUGAAAUUUCUAGAUAUCGAUGGGUAUCUCUGUCCUUCAACAAGAGACUUCUAUGUGCAAGGAAAUUCAUUGUCAGAAGAGUUCUUGUUUAUUGAAAUGAAUGUAGGUAAAUGCAGAAGAGACUCACCUCCAUGCCCAGAUGAUCUAGAUGAAUUUAUGAGCAAGUUGAGAAUAAAAAUCCCAUUUGUAAACACUUACUUUGACUUUGAUGAUUACAAUGACCCUGUCAAGACUUACAUUGACGGGAGAUUCGACCACGGCAUAAUGAAUGGAUUCAUGGUUGCUCAUGAUGUAUUCCUCCAGAAAAACGAUGCUGAGCUCCAAGACAACUACUUCGCUUACCAGCCAGGAGGUAACGAGAAAGAGUUUGUUGGUGUUGAUAGAGUCGACCAGAAGCUUGCAAUCCAAGAUGAGAGUACAGACAAUAUUGUUUAUAAGAUCCAGUUCGUCAAAGAUGCCGCCUCAAAAUCUUACGAAAGAUCUGUCUUUAGUUUUAUGGAGGUCACUGGAAAUAUUGGAGGCUUAUUUGAGAUCCUCAGUAUUGCUGGAGGGUUCAUUGUAGGAGCAUUCUCAGGUAGAAUGUUCUUAUUUUCAAUUCUUUCUAAGCUUUAUCAAGUUGAUUCACCAGCCAAAAAUACUUUCAACCUUGGAGAUGAAAACCUAAAUGUUGAGAGCUUUGAAGAAAUUCAGCAUAAAGAAGAACAAAGAGGAUUUGAAGGCUCAAAUCAGGCAGAAUCCAGACACCAUAUCAGCAACAAAGCUCACAGAAGAAUGAAGAAAAGAGUGAGAUACGAUUGGAAACUCUCAGACUUUGUUUUUAAUCUCUUUAGCUCUCUGAAGUGUCUGUGUUUCUGCUGCUGUAGGAUGAAGAACAAACUUCAUAUUAAGCUCAGACACAAACUGUAUGAGAGAGGUGAAGAGAAGUUCAUCAAAGAAUUCGAUGCAGUCACAUUUGCUAGAAAUGCUAGAAAUAUGAAUACUCUGAUCAACUCAAUGAUGGACGAAAAGGAAAGAAUGAUGGUUAUUUAUCAAAAGUCUAAUGUGAUCCCAUUGAACUCAGACACUAAGAGUAGUGAGUCAGAGGACCCUUAUGAUGAAGUGCCAAAAAUGUUUUCUUUACACAAGAAGAAAAUUCUCCAUCAGCAUAUGGUCAAUAAAUUCAUGUCUGAAUAUUCAUUGGAAACAUGGUCAGGAAGAGAUUUUAGACUUCUCAAUGGAGUUUACAGCAAGCAUAAACUCAAAGAAAAUUUAUUACAUAAACUUUGUCGUAAUGGCAAAGGAGAUGAAUCAUUCCAAAAGUUGGGCAAAUCUAAGCAUGUCAUCAUCAAUGCUUGAGAUGUAGAACCAGAAUCCAACUACCAGCUACAAUCACUAGAGGAGUCCAAAAGAGCGGUUUCUGAGUCAACAAGCAAGGCGAUGGGCCCAGUUCCAUAUUUGAAGACAAUCAAGACUGAAAUAUAAUCUUAUAUUCCUUUCAUUGUUGAAUCA